UCGUCUCGUUUCUUCUCCUCGGUAACGGGACGACUGGCUCAGUCCCUCCAUUUACAGCAUCUCAUUCAUUUGUUUCGUACUGGGUGCCGGCCUACUGUGUGACAAGCGCGCUGGAAGUACCAUUCGCUGCGAAGCAGUGCUGCUGUUUGUAUUUUAUUUAUCUCAGGAUACUGCGACCCACCAGAUUUAAUGCCCACAGUCGGUUUCACAGAACCGGAUAUGAGUUACGGGGAUAGUUCAGACGAUUCACUUAGAAGAGUGACAGACGAAUUUGGCCGCCACAAGCUAACAGAUGUUUUGGAGGAAAAUGAGGAGGAUGGUUUUGGCCGUUCUUUCAAUUAUCCUGUAAUUCGCAAACGAUAUUCUUCCACUGGUAGCAAUGCUUCCUCCAUGGACGGUCUGUGGGACAUCCAUCCUAGGCGUCUGAGUGAGGCAGGACUCAGCCGUCACGCAGAUUCCAGCGCUAUCCUCACCGAGGACACAGACAGUUUCAUAAUUGGUCAAAGGGUAUGGGUUUCGGGUACCAAACCAGGGCACAUAGCCUUUAUAGGCGAGACUCAGUUUGCACCUGGGGAAUGGGCUGGUAUCGCCUUAGAUGAACCCAUUGGCAAAAAUAAUGGUUCUGUGGGUGGUAUUCAUUACUUCCAGUGUGAGCCUAAGAAGGGGGUAUUUUCAAGAUUGACCCGACUCACUAGGGUGCCAUUGGCACAAGAAGGGAUGGGUUCCGGUGACACCUACAUUGCCUCCACCCCUUCCCCAGUGGGUAACGGUGUCAGAAGAAGUCCCAUAUCACCCACUGGUAGCACAAAGGGUCUGCUAAGGUCUCCAAUGUCUAUAAGUGGUUCUAAUAAUAGUCUAGCUUCAUCAGUCUCACACGUGAUAGAUUAUAAAGUGGGUGACCGAGUUAUAAUAAAAAGCAGUCAAGGGUCCAAGGUUGGUACCGUGAGGUAUAUUGGCACCACCGAGUUUGCCAACGGGGAAUGGGUGGGUGUUGAACUGGAUGAUCCCAGGGGUAAGAAUGAUGGAUCAGUCAAUGGGAAAAGGUAUUUCGAAUGCAGGCCUAACUUCGGACUCUUUGCCCCCGCUUCGAAGGUAAGCAAGUCACCUUCUAAAAUUAAGCCGAGUGCCUGCCAGGUUCACUCGGGAAGCGGCCUGCCACCUACCGGCUUGAAAAGAACUAAUUCUAAAGACUCCAUGCAGUCGAACCUGUCGAUGAUUAGUACAGCAUCUAGCGUUAGAAGGGAUGUUCUGAAAGAAAAACAACAACACAUCGAACAGCUUCUGAAAGAAAGAGAUCUAGAAAGAGCCGAAAUCACCAGAGCCGCAAGUCAGGCUGACGAAGCUGAACAAAAAUUGGCCACGUUACGACAAGAAUAUGAAAAAUAUCGAGCGGAAUGUGAGGUUAAGCUUCAAGAGCACAUGAACUUGUUGAACAAAUUGAAAGAAGACAGAAAUGAACUAGUCGCGCAAUUAGAGGAUGAAAGGCGGAAAAAUGAAGACCUGCUCUUCCGUUUGGAAGAAGCUUCUAUAACCAAAGAUGAUAUUGAGGACACAAAUGAAGGCAACAUCAGCAAAAUCAAGGAACUGGAGGAACAGUUAUCAAAAGAAAGGGACAAAGUUGACAACUUGGAAACAGAAGCCAACAAGCUGUUUGAAGCGGAAGAGAACCUCUGCAAAGCCAAAGAAGAAAUAGAAUGUCUUAGGAACCAGUUAAAAGAAGCUAGGAGCAUCCAGAUUUCACUGGAAGGCGACAGUGCUUCCACAUCCGUACUCAUAUCAUGUCUACAAAAGGAAUCAGACCAGUACAAAAAGGACCUCGAAGAAAGGGUGGAAACAAUCAGCAUACUGAAACAAGAAAUAUCUAAGCUUAAUUCAGAAAUGAAGAAACAUUUGGAAGAAAGUGGAAACAGAGUUUCGGAAUUUGAAUCUGUUUGUUCAAGCAAGAACCAAGAAAUAGCUAAUUUGAAGAUAGAAUUAGAACAAAUCAGCAAACUGGUCCAAGAGAAAGUAGAAGCUUUGGAAAAGGUUACCACUGAGAAACUGGAAUCUGAAACUGCUUUGGAGAAGGAAAUUGAAAAGCUGAAAAUGCAAUUAAGUUCCAAAACUUUAGACAUGGAAAAUAUAUCUGAACAAAUUAAAGCAAAAGAAAGCAGUAUAGCUAAACUACAAACAAACUUAGAGCUCGCGAUAACUAAUUUAGAGGCUAAGAACAAAGAUCUUGACAAAUAUAAAGACAGUUUAGGUAAUAUAGAGACAGGUUUGAGAGGAGAACUUGAAUCACUAAAAAAUCAGUUAAAACAAAAGUCUAGUGAGUACGAUAAAAUGAUGAGUAACAUGUCUACAGAGGUGACUGAAAGAGAAAAGAAGAUUGAAGAAAAUAAUGCCACUAUAACUGCAAACCUUGAACAAAUAAGGAAGUUAACUGAUGAUUUAGAAAGUCUUAAAAAAACCUAUGAAGAAACUACUGCUGAACUACAAAGCAGUUUCGGAAAAGAUUUGGAAGAAAAGAAUGGCCAAUUGAAACAGUUAGCUGAAGAAUUUAAGCAAAUAACUGAAGAAAACAAGAAAAAUGUAGAGAAUUACAAUGAUAUUAAAAGUAAUUAUACAAAGAAGUGUGAAGACCUAGACAAAAUAAAAGCAGAAUUAGAGUCUGUAAGGAAAGAACUUGAAGACAACUUGAGUAAUAAAACUGCAGAAUUACAAAAAUCAUCUGAAUUACUUAAAGAGAAAGAAAACCAGAUUCAAGUGUUGCAAACUGAGUUACAAACAACAAAAGUUGAUUUAGAAUCUGUUUCCAGCAAUUUAGUCCAGUAUCAAAGUAAUUUGAGUGACGUGGAAGCCAAUUUGAAGAAAGAAAGAGAUGAAAUAAAGGAAACGUUAAAAAUGAAAAUAAUAGAAUUAGAAGAUGUAAAAAAAGAAUUUUCAGAGAAGCUUUCAGAAAAGGAUAAACAAGUGGAAGAACUUUCAACAACUCUAACAAACAAAAGUGAAGAUAUUGAAAAGUUAGUAAAAGAUCUGACCAGUUUGAAGGAAUCUCAAGAAACUGAGAGAAAGAAUAUACUCGAAGAAUAUAAUAAGAACAUUCUACAAAGAGAUGAAAAAUUGACAUCUCUCUCCACUGAAGUUCAAAAUAAAAUUGAAGAAAUAACUGACCUGUCUUUGAAGUUGCAACAGUUAGAAAAUUCCGAUAAAGGAAAAGACAUCCUAAUAGAGAAUAUGCGUAAAGACAUUGAAGAAAAAUCGGAGCAGCAUAAAUCGGAAUCUGAAACCGUUUUGAAACUAACAGCAGAAAUCAAAACUCUAUCUCAAACUAAACAAGAUCUAACAUCAAAAGUAACGGACCUGGAGAAAGUACGUGUGAAUUUGGAAACCUCGAAUAAACUAUAUGAAAAUGAUAUUGAAAGCUUAAAUAAGGAAUUGGCUGCCAACGCCGAGAGUAUCAAACAAAAAGAAGAGGCAGUGAAAACACUGGAAAGUGAAUUAGUUUCAGUGAAGGACAGUUUAGAGAAAACAUCCAACGAUUUAGUACAGUAUCAGAAUAAUUUAAGUGAUGUAGAAACCAAUCUUAAAAAAGAAAAAGAUGAGGCACAAACUUCUUUGCAAGCAAAAGCAAAUGAAUUGGAAAUGGUUAAGAAUGAGUUAAUAGGAAAGACAUCUGAAAUCGAAGCCAAGCUUGAAGCAGCUACAAAAGCUGUUAGUGAUAAAAAUGAAGAAUUAGUUAAAUUAAAUAAUGAAAUAAACGUCCUUAAGAAUGAAAAUGAAAAGGCUAUAAAAGAUUUGGAAACUGAAGAAAAACAUAAAAAACAAUUAGAAGAUAUAGAAAUUAAAGUUUCUGAUUUACUCACGGAAAUCGAGAACAAAGAUACAGAAAUCACUAAACUAUCUCAAGCUAUUGUAACAUUUGAAGAAAAUAUUAAUGUGAAAAAUAAAGAAUUAGAUAUUUCACAAGAUGAAAUAGAGACUCUGCAAAAGGAACGUCAGUCUACCAAAGUCAUCAUUCUCAAUCUAAAGAAAAAAAAUGAUGAACUGGAAUCCAGCAAUGAAGAAUUUAAGAAACUAUUGAUGGAGUCUACGAAACAAUUAAACGAGUUAUUUAGUAAAAAGGAAAAAGCAGAAGAUGAUCUGAAAUCAGUAGCCUCUUCUGCUGGUGAUGCAAAUUCGAAACUGAAUGAAAUAACUAAAAAACUGCAAGAGAAGGAUGCCAUUCUAGAAGCGACAAAAUCAGAGUUGCAGGCUAAGCUAGAUACAGCGGAAAACACAGUGAAAACAUUAACAGAAAACAAUAAAGAAUUGGGAAUGGUCAUGGAGAAGCAGAAAGUGGAGUAUGAAGAUAAACUUAAGAUUGCUUUAGAAUCGGAAGAGACACUAAAGGAUAUUAUAGCAGCCUCAAGUGCCGAUUCGGAUAUGAUCAAAGAUUUACAGAAAAAUCUUGAAAAUGCCAGGACCAACCUUUCCGAUAAAGAUAAACAAUUAACAGCACAAAAUACAGAGAUUCUGAAACUCAAGGAAGAAUUAACUAAGGUCCAGCAACAACAAAAUAACGUUAAUAGUGUGGAUAAUUCAGACCCGAAUUCUGCUGCCAUUAAAUCCAAACCUGAUUACAAACAGCUGCUGGAGGAGAAAUUGUUCGCUGAAAACCAGGUAGCUUUCUUGAAUACAAUCAUUGUGGACAUGCACAGAAAGAAUGAGGAACAAAAGGCGCGGAUCGAAAUCUUAGAGAUGGGCUACAGUUCUUCCGCUGCUGAUGAGCUUGCUGCUCUUGGAUUCAAGCCGGAUAGUAAACAACCAACUCCACGAAUGUAUUGUGAUAUAUGUGAAGAAUUCGACCUUCACGAGACUGAAGAUUGCCCCACUCAGGGCGAGGAUGAACCACCACCAGUUAAUCCUCAAUUAGGAGACAAACCUAAGGAGAAGCCUCCGCCUAGGCCUUAUUGCGAUAUUUGUGGUGUCUUUGGACAUGCUACUGAAAACUGCACGGAAGAUCAGGAGUUUUAGCAAAAAAUAAUGUACAUAUGGUGCCUAUUUAUUAUUAAAAAUAAAUUAAUUCCAAACGUGUUAUUCGUUGAACUUGUAUGUAAAGUUUUGUUAAUUAGUCGUCGUCAAAAGUAAAAUUAAUAAAACCAUUCUAUUUUAGUA